UGACUUACACUUAUUAAAUCUGUUGGCUUCGUCACUGGUCCUUUCUCCUCGCAGGUUGGAUUGCUUCUCUCCUGAAAACAUUCUACUCCGUUUCGUUGCGUUUCUGUUCCAGUCCCCGUCGACAAACCAUACCCGGUAGUAAAUGGGCAGCGUAUGAAAAGUGAAGAAAUAGCAUAAGAAUUCGGCGUAGGAAUUAGCAUAGGAAUUAGCGUAUGAAAUAGUGUUGAAAAUGUAGUAGAAUUUGUGUAGUGAUUAAUUAAUUAAUAAUAGAUAAACAUAAUUAUUAAAAAAAAAAAACAAAAAGAUUACCUGAGAAGAUAAAACGCAAUCGUUUCCAUUGAAACGUAGUGUCCAUCAACUAUGUAAACGGGUUUAAACACCGCAAGCGAAUGCGUUGCCAUGGAAAUCUUACUGCCACCGGAUGGAGUGUUUGUUGUAUAAACAACACAGCACAUCAGUGCAGUGAAACGUUGUGAGCGCUGGCGAUAGCAAGUAUUGGUCAAAAGUUCGUUCAUAUUUGCAUUAAAAAUGGGUGAAACUAAUUUAUCGACAGAUACAUCCUUCAACAAGGAACUAGAACCAGGCGUAAUUAGCAAUGAAAUGUUAACGAAAGCUAUUUUAGAGCAAGGCCAUAAAGGGGAAGCCGGUCGGCUAGCGCAGUUGAAUCAGCUGCACUUGGAAACAGUUACCGUGAUUCGCUUGGAGUUCCAAAAUAUACUUAAAAUUGAUCAUUUAUGGGUUAUGAAAAAUUUGGAAGUACUUUCGCUAUCGUUUAACAAAAUUGACAAGAUCGAAAAUCUUUCACACUUGCCAAAGCUGAAGGAACUGAAUCUGUCCUUUAACUUUAUUGAAAAAAUGGAAAAUCUGGAAAAGUUGGAAAAUUUACGAAUACUGUCUCUGUAUGGCAAUCGUAUCACACGCGUGGAAAACGUCGAUAAGCUGGAGCGCUUGGUAAUACUGAGCGUGGGACGAAACAAUAUCAAUACCCUUGACGGGUUGGAACGGUUAAGGUUUUUAAAAGAUCUACGAUCGCUUAAUCUUGCCGAAAACCCAAUUGCUCAGGACCAGGAUAAGCCUUUACGAUUGUACCUAGCGACGUUGCUGCCUCACUUGAAAUACUAUGAGUACGUUUUGAUUCGUCCCGCGGAACGUGAUGCGGGAAAAGAUAAAUUUCAACGAGAGCUGAUCGAUAUUCUGGAGCAUGAACGAAUCGAAAUCAUCGAGCGCACCAAAGCGGCUAAAGAACGAGACGACGAAAUACGGCUAUCCAAAAGUUUUGUAGAACAUUUGAAUGGUCAUCAGCUGUUUGAGUCCCUGUUUCAAGGAGAUCCUGAAGGAGCCGCCCUAUUGAGCAUUGGGGCAGAAGCAGUAGAUCUCAAAAAUGACUAUCGAAAUGAAGCGUACUCGUUUACCCAAAACAUUUAUAAGAUGGGUUUAGAGCAGCAGGAAAAGCGUCAAGCAGAAAUCGAGCUCUACAGUCGAUGCAUCCGUGAUGAGCGUAAAAAAGCGCAGUUACAAGGCCAAAUCAUUAUCAAGAAUUUUCUAGAAUCAUACAAAAGUUUGUACAAACUAGCAAAGGAUAUCGUUGGCGCAUUGAAAGGGCGAGAUUUGAACAGCAAAGCGUAUAAUGCGGAAACGGAGAAGCUGCUCGAUGAGCUGAACCUGUGCAAAAGCGGUUUCAAUUCGCUGUUCGAAGACACCUGGCACACUCUGAUGGGAUUUGAAAUGCAGCUAUUUGAACGGACAGAGGAAGGAAAUUCAACAUUUGAAAAUACUAUUAAAGAAAUGACGAAUGAGUUCAUCGAGAUGGCCCAGGGUCAGUUUGUGCUGUUGCGCGAGGCAGAGAUAAAUUUUAGCGAUGCUUUGGUCGAUACGGUUCAGCAGUUUGUAACGUUUAAGGCGGCUUCUGGGCAAGCGGAUCAGUUGCCCGACGCGCUGAAGGAGUCCUUAGACGACAAGGACGUUAUCAGCAACAUGGCAGCGGGUAUGCGCGACCAGCAUAUGCAGCAAAUCGAUGCACGGGAAGAUAAACUUAUUACUCGCAGUCGUAACUGGGUCAAAGAGCUAUGCGAUGAUCUUCAAAACUCCGAAAUCAAACGUAACAGAGCUAAAGUGCUGGAAAUUACAUACUUCUUGGAUCAACAUCGUCAGUCUUUCAUGAGUGCUUUAGAUGAGGUGGCAAACAAAUUGGAAGUGUAGUGUUGAUGAAAGUUCAAUUGUAAGCUACUAGCAUUGAGAUGUUUUGCAUAUAUUUUGAUUAAUAAUCACGAAAGAGUUGGUUUGAUUGUUCAUUUAAUAAAUAUGUAUUUCAUACUUUGCUUCUUCUUUUAUACUUUUAAAGGUCUGCUUCUCACAUCUACUUAAUUAUGUUAUUUGUCUUCUUUGCCCUUUAUCUACAUUUUUUAUUAUUCCGAUGUUACCAAUGAGUUUUCUGUAUUUAUUAUGUUACAAUUAAAAAUAAAAUAUUUUAGAAUUUA